AUGGCAGACUUUCAUGACCGUGCAUACCGCAUCGGAGUUGAUGUCGGAGGAACGAACACCGAUGCGGUACUUAUCUCCCUGAACCCAGUCUCUAUUGUGACCUCUCAUAAGGCGCCAACGACACCGGAUGUCACCACAGGGAUUACCAAUGCAGUACAAGCAGUGAUUGACGCCUCCAAUGUUUCGCGCUCAUCCAUCGGUUGCAUUAUUAUUGGCACAACACAUUUUGUCAAUGCUGUCGUUCAGCGCUCACCUUCAUUGCGAAGUGUCGCGGUUAUCAGACUUUGUGGAGGGCCCGAAGAAGGAUUUGGGCGUGGAAUUCCUCCUUUCAUCGAUUUCCCUGCAGAUCUCCGAGCUUGUAUUGAAACGCCUCAGGUCUACUUCUGCCAUGGAGGAUUCCAGAUUUCCGGCAGUGAAAUUAGCCCUCUGGAUAUCAAGGAGCUCGAGCGCGUGUCUGAUGAUUUGGUCAAGAACAACAUCUCCAACAUCGUCAUUGCAGGCAUGUAUUCGCCAAUAAACCAUCUGCACGAGACAAAAGCCAAGGAGAUUAUCCUACGCUCCAUGUCCGGUCACGGAAAGCCUGGCUUUAAGCCUCGCAUUACAUUAUCUCAUGAGGUGUCUGGGCUGGGAUUUCUUGCCCGCGAGAAUGCUGCAAUUCUAAAUGCCACAUUGCGACCACUGGCCGAGAAAACGAUAAUUGGAUUUCGAAAAGGGAUGGAAAAUAUUUUCCAAGGAACUCCCUAUACAUUAUACCUCACUCAGAAUGAUGGUAGUGUUCUCGGUGCUUCAGAGGCUAUUGAGCUGCCCAUCCGGACGUUCAAUUCUGGACCAACGAAUUCCAUCCGUGGCGGGGAGCUGUUGUGGCGAGCCGCAGCCGAGGCAGAUGGCGAAAGGUACGGUAAAAGGACCGAGCCACUGGUGGUUAUCGAUAUUGGAGGUACGACAUCCGAUAGCGGGCUACUACUUCCAAAUGGUUUGCCACGGAUGAGCUCUAUAAUGAGUCUCGUCGGUGGAGUUCGUACCAAUUUUGCCCUUCCCGCGGUCGAGAGCAUCGGGUUAGGUGGUGGCUCUAUUAUUCGGACUAUGGGUGACGGGCCUAUCUCCGUCGGUCCGGAUAGCGUUGCCCUCGAGCUUCUUGAGAAGGCCAAACUAUUCGGCGGAGAAUUUCUGACUGCUACUGACAUUGAAUGGGUCUCCCCCGAGCGUCUAGGAGACGUGACCCCCGAGGUGGUAAAUCAAGCUCAGAUUGCGAUGAGGCGAAAGAUAGAGGACCUCGUGGACAGAACAAAAAUCCAGAAAGGCGAGGUCGAUGUUCUAAUCGUUGGUGGAGGAGCUCCUAUAAUUCGGACCGACGAACCCCUUUCUGGCGUACGUAUGCUGCGAACUGUCAAGGGUGGUGAAGUUGCCAAUGCCGUUGGUGCUGCUGUGUCGCGAGUUUCCGGGGUGAUCGAUACUGUCAUCGAUAUAUCUAACCGAAUGGUCAAGGAUGCACAAGAGGAAGUCUCCGGACUGGCGACCAAAAAAGCGAUCUCGAACGGCGCCAGACCUGAUACUAUUCAAAUCGCAGAGGUAACCAUCUUGCCGAUCCAGUAUGUAGAGGCAAAAGCACGAAUCGUGGUCAGAGCGAUCGGAGAGCUAGACGUGGUCUUGCAGCAGGAGUUAUCUGGGAAAUCUAUGGGUGAUUCUUCUUUCGAAGAUGAAUCAUCAAGUCAUCGAAAUCACUCCGCUCAAAAGAUUGCUCCGGACGAAGAGGUUGACAUCAGAACAUACAGACCAGAAGUAAGGGAUGGACAAUGGAUUAUCUCUCCCACCGAUCUCUCAUUCAUAGCCCAUGGCUGCAAGAUUCUCGGAUGCGGUGGUGGUGGAGACCCAUAUCAAGAGUAUCUCAAAGCUAAGGCCAUUGUUCGUCAAUUCCCCGGGAAAAUGAGAGUUGUCGCACCUGAAUACCUUACAGAUGAGUCUCUGGUUGGAUGGACCGGCUGCAUGGGCAGCCCAGAGGUCAGCAUGGAACGACUUGAGAAUAACGAGUGUCUUCAAGCCCACGAAGAGCUAAUGCACGUCAUGAAAAGCCCACCAGUUUCCGGUUUUCUGUCAUUGGAAAUUGGCGGUGGUAAUGGCGUUGUGAAUUUGAGCGUUUCUGCGCAUUACGGGGUACCUUGCGUGGAUGCUGAUUUCAUGGGGCGCGCAUAUCCGACUACAUUCCAGAUCACCCCGAAUGUUUAUGGGCCACCAAGUGGAGAUGCUCUAGUUCCUAAUACUAUUGCAAGUGGCGACGGAUCAUUUAUCACGAUGACGAGGUCACGAACAGACAUAUUAGUCGAUAAGGCUCUUCGGGCAGCUUGCGUGGAGAUGGGAUGCAGGGCUGGCAGUGCCGGAGCGCCAAAGACUGCCAAAGUCGUCCAGGAGCAGGCUGUAACGAAUACCGUGUCGCUUGCAUGGUGGAUUGGAAGAGCAGUCGCUCUUGAGAAAAACAUUUCAGACAAGGCCCUUCGCAUCAUUGAUGAAGUCGGAGGCCCGGACAGCGCAGCAAUUAUCGCAAGAGGUAAGGUUAUUAAUGUUGAGCGAAUUCUGAAGACUGGGCACACGUAUGGUGUCCUGGAAGUCGAUGGCACUACGAGUGACGGAAGCAAGGCACUUAUCAAGGUUCCUUUCAAGAACGAAAAUGCCUUUGUUGAAGCGAUAUCAGAUGGGCAGUCCAAGAUCCUGGCAGCUGUGCCGGAUCUUAUUGCCGUAAUAGAUGCAGAGACUGGGGCGGGUCUUGGAACACCAGAGUACAACUGCUUCGCCGAGAUGGACUGA